GGGAGGGAGAGGGAGAGAGAGACGGAGAUUACCAACAUGAGAACAGGUAGGGAGUUUAGGUCAAGACUCCUGCCAACUUCAGCAACUGACUUGGUCCUGUGAUGCAUGUUGCCCUGGGCAGUGGAAUAGACUCGUGUACUGAGUGAAAGCAGCUAAAGGAACUUGGACAAUAUAAAAAAUCAAAUAUGAUGAAAAACGAGGAACCAAGUUUUAACGUGAACACUACAGGAGCCUCUCCCUUCUCCCGUUGCCUGCAGCGGCUGAGUCCUGUCACAAAGCCACACAGAACAACUCCAUUUGGUGAAGAAUUCAGACCACACCUCUCACACUUCCGCUAUGGUCCCCCUCCUCUUGGAGACAUGGAAACGUUCCAGGGAUCCUUGGAAGGAAGGUCUCGGAAACGCAAGAGCAUGCCAACGAAAAUGCCUCCUUCUCUCCCUGUUGAGGGUUCCUCAUCACCAUCUGACAGACCUGAAGAUCGCAAUGACAUAGGCUCUUCUAGUCUCCCCUUGGUGUUCCAACAGCCAGCACAACCCAAGUACAGCUCCCAGAUGAUUGACCUCUGCAACUUUGGUUUUCAGUUCUAUAGAACUCUGGAGCACUUUGGAGCCAAGUCCAUCAAGCAAGAACCGGUGAAGCCUCAUAUGUCAUGGCCCAACAGUCCAGCAUUCAUGCAGGGUCCUUACUCUUAUUAUCCCAAAGUUCACCCUGGUUUAAUGUUUCCUUUUAUUGUGCCACCCAACUUCCAUUUCAGGAAUCCCUUUCAAAUGAAGAGACCCCCAGAGCCACCAUUCAAGAGAGCUGAAGUAAGAGAAGGUGGUGAAAACAAGCAGAAAGUGGAAAGAGUAGAUGUCAACCUUCAGAUAGAUGACAGUUACUAUGUUGAUGUUGGAGGUGAACAGAAACGCUGGCAAUGUCCCAUGUGUGAGAAGUCCUAUACAUCCAAGUAUAAUUUGGUUACUCACAUCCUGGGACACAGUGGCAUUAAGCCACAUGCUUGCACCCGAUGUGGCAAGCUUUUUAAGCAGCUGAGCCACUUGCACACACACAUGUUGACACACCAGGGCACUCGGCCACAUAAGUGCCAGGUGUGCCACAAGGCUUUCACUCAAACCAGUCACCUUAAGCGACACAUGAUGCAACACAGUGACAUCAAGCCUUACAACUGCAGGAUCUGUGGCAGAGGUUUUGCCUACCCUAGUGAGCUGAAAGCACAUGAGUCUAAGCAUGAAAGUGGCCGAGAGAACAUUUGUGUGGAGUGUGGUCUGGACUUUCCAACACUGGCUCAGCUGAAGAGACACUUAACAACCCACCGUGGUCCUAUACAGUACAAUUGCACUGAAUGCGAUAAGACCUUCCAGUACCCAAGUCAGCUGCAAAACCACAUGAUGAAGCACAAAGACAUUCGCCCAUACAUCUGCACUGAAUGUGGCAUGGAGUUUGUGCAGCCCCACCACCUCAAGCAACACUCCCUAACUCACAAGGGUGUGAAAGAGCACAAAUGUGGAAUCUGUGGCCGGGAAUUCACGCUACUGGCCAAUAUGAAGCGACAUGUCCUCAUCCACACUAAUAUCAGAGCCUAUCAAUGCCAUUUGUGCUUCAAGAGCUUUGUGCAAAAGCAGACACUCAAGGCCCACAUGAUUGUUCACUCUGAUGUCAAGCCCUUUAAAUGCAAGCUGUGUGGAAAGGAAUUUAACAGAAUGCAUAAUUUAAUGGGACACAUGCACUUGCACUCAGACAGCAAGCCUUUCAAGUGCCUCUACUGUCCCAGCAAGUUCACCUUGAAGGGGAACCUAACCAGGCACAUGAAAGUCAAACACGGGGUCAUGGAAAGAGGAUUUAAUUCUCAAGGUUUUGGAAGAGGAAGAAUUGCUCUGUCCCAGACAAAAGCCUUGAGAAGUUUGGAACAGGAAGAGCCCUUUGAUCUUUCUCAGAAGAGCCAAGGGAGGGGAUUCUCAUUUCAUUCGGAUGGUGAGACUGUCAAGGGAAGCUCAUACCAGGAAGAGGAAGAUAACAGCUAUGAGGCAGAGCGGUACAGUCCUGACAUGUAUCUCCACAGUGACAACAAGCUGUAUGUGGCUCAAGAUCUGGCUCAUGGCAAACCCGAGUGCGUGACAAAGGGCUUCAGAGAGUCCUACUGCAAUGAGAAGGAAGAAGAGCUAAGUGAGGGACAACUGCAGGAGAGACUAGGAAGUUCAGACAAACAGGAGAGCCAAAGAGAGGGAGACCAUGCAAACAACAAGCACCUCAGCAUCAGAUCCUUUGAAAAGGCCAGACUGGGCCACUCUCUUUCUGAUUACUUGUAUUUCAAGCACAGGAACAAGAACACGAAAGAAUUGCUGGAAAGAAAAAUGGAAAACCAAACAAUGCUUAUAGGCAUUUAAAAUGGACAUUUGAAAACAGCUGGAAGAUGGGAACCAGAUAGCUGUUAGCACGAACUGUAAUUUAUCAAAGAUUGGAAUUUUGUAGUAGUCUUUAGACAUAAACAAGCCAAAGUGAUAAAAAUAAUUCAAGGUAAACCACAUAUAUUAAUGAACAAAGCAGUCCAAGGUCCUGCCAUCAAGAAAUGCAAUAGAUCAUGAACAGUAAUCCUUUCAUACUUAUUCAUUUGAUGCAUAAGCAGACAAUGCAGUGGGUACAGAAGUUUAUUUUUCUGUAUUGGAGUGAUAGAGAUUUACUCACAAUUUUCUAGUUAUCAGAAAGCAAUAUACUUUAGUAUUGGUUUAUUGUCUGACUAAACAUAUAUGGACAUUUCUAACCACAAGUCUCAAAAAAAAAAUAACCUGAAAACAGUAAAAAUAUUUCACAGUAUAAGCAAGUAUACUAUUAAACAUAGUAUGCAUGGAGGCGCUGUCACUCUCAGAAAUAACAGUCUCAAUACUUUCCUUUACUGAAGUGUUAGUUCAGUCACUUACAAUGAGAAAUAAGAAACAAGAGCAAAUACUAAUGUCUUCUGAGAUAGUGAAAGGCAGCUCUGUAAGGCUUUAAAAAAGACUGGAAUUUAUUACAGUCAGAGAAGCUCUUCCUCUGGCACAAGGGAUAUUCGUGCUUUGCUGUGUUUCAGUCAGUAUGGGAGUUCUCAGCAGCUCUUCAAAUGCAGUAGCAUGGACUGUGGUCACACUUUGUUUAACGGACUCUUCAGUCCGAUACACUUAAUGAGCAGCAGCAUGUAGCAUUUGCAGGUCUUGCUCUAAUUACACAUAAAGCAAUACAAGCAAUUUAACUGAGAAAAUUAUGAAUUUUGCCUUUUAUCUCUCCAGUUCAUCUUGGCUAGCAAGGACCAUUUUAAAAUACACAGAUCUGAUCAGAUUUUAAUUUAGAAGGUAUGCUACAAAUUAAAUAGUGCUGUCCAACAGGGUAAGGAGUACCUCAGGAGGAAAACUAGCUCUGGAUUUCCUCUUGUUGGAGUCAGAAAUUACUCUUAUCAACAUGGUUUGACUUUCAAGCUCCAGGCCUUUCAAAAUUCCACUUACAUUGUGUUUGAUGAGUAAUUUCCAGUUUCUCAUCCUCUGACUCCCAUUCAAUGGUAAGUUCAUAACAAAGCUGUUAAAAGCACAUUCAAUUAAGUACAUUCUAUUGACUGUUUCACCAGGACCUUGAUUCAUGCUUCUUCAAGGCAGAUGAGAAAAAAACCUAUAUGAUCUUGUUGCUUACAAGGAAAUAAAGAUUUCAUGUAAUUUAAUUAGCUAUAUUCUGGCAUCACAUCUCAAAAAGUUAAAAUCCAUAUAUAUGGUACAACUUUCCCAAAUAUUACUACCUUCUUCACCUACCUGCCAGCUUCUUGAUUUGAAAUGCCUUGCUAUCAUGCUCAAUAUAUAGCAAGUUAUAGUUAAAUAUAGUCACAUACUUAUGGCUCACUAGGGCUAGAGUCAUGUAGCUACAGCUCUCUGCCAUUAUAAGAUGCCACUCACCUUACAGAACUAAUGAUUCUCACACCCACCAGUUAACCAUUGUUCACAGGGCAGUUGCCCUUAUUCAUCAUGUAAAACUGGAGUGUAGUCUGAGGCUGCAGAAGGGUGGUUUCAUUUUUCAGGGUAUAAACACAGAGCAAUAAAUACUUUGAAUGAAGAGCAGAGAUCCCCACCUCUAUUUGAAGGUGGGCUGCAGGAUACUUGGAGAAGAACUUUUUACAAAGGCAUGUUAGUGACAGGAUGAGGGGUAAUGGCUUCAAAGUGGAAGAAGCUGGGUUUAGAUUAGAUAUUAGGAAGAAAAUUUUCUCUGCUAGGGUGGCGCGGCACUGGAACAGGUUGCUCAGAGAAGAUGUGGAUGUUUCAACCAUGAAGUUGUUCAAAGCCAGGCUGGAUGGGGCCUUGAGCAACCUGGACUCACAGGAGGUGUCCCUGCCUGCAGGAGGGGGAUUGGAACUAAAUCUACUAAGUCUGAACUAAAACCAUUCUAUGAUUCUAUGAUCUGUGAUGACUCUAUGAAAAAGGUAUUGAUAAAAUAAGCUGUAUCUUAUGGGUGACUCUUACAAAUGUAAUUAACUCCAGAGCUGAUGUACAUAAUUUUUUUAAAUAAAAAGGGGAUAUCAAAUUGAA